AUGGACUCGCAACAACAGCAGCAACAGCAACAACCACCUGCCUCGAAGACCGGCGCUUCUCAUCCUCCUUCUUCUUCCACGAACAGCGACAGAGACAUGUUGCCGCCCAUCUUCCGCCCGCCCGUGAACCGGGCCAUGCGCGUUCUCGAUCGGUCCUUCUUCCGCAAGACCAUCCCCCUCUCUGCUGCGACGGUGUUUGAGAAUUCCAACAUAUCGCGCGUGCGCAGCGAACUUGCCAAGAGCCAUGAUCUUUUGACACUGCCGAGGCUGAAUAUCAUCCGACCGGCGCCGGCGUCUGCGCCUGCAGGACAGCCGGCUGAGGGGAAAAAAUCAAGCGAUUCGACAAGGAAGUGUCUUAUACUCCGGGAGGGCAUUAAACAUGAUGAUGCGACGACGUGGUCCCCCACGAUCAACGAAUUGGUGGAAAAAGGCACCGUGGGGUUGGGACCCUAUGAUCUUGAACUCGACUACGAUUACUGGAGCUAUUACGAUAUCAUCUCUUCAGUCUUACCAGAAGACGAACUUGAGGGAGAGACACCAGUGGGCUUUACGCAGACAGGACAUGUUUUGCACCUGAACCUUCGCGAGCGAUAUCUGCCGUACAAGUAUCUCAUUGCCGAGAUCCUCAAGGACAAGAACCCGAAGAUCCGCACUGUGAUCAACAAGACGGAGGAUGUAGGCUCCCACAGCGAAUUCCGCACUUUUCCUUUCGAGGUCCUUGCCGGCGACAACGAUCUCAAUGUCGUCGUGCACGAGCAAGACUGUGAAUUCCGGUUCGACUUUUCGCGAGUGUACUGGAACAGUCGCCUGGAAACGGAACACCGUCGAUUAGUGGAGAAGUUCGAGGCAGGUCAAAUGGUCUGCGAUGUCAUGGCCGGUGUAGGGCCAUUUGCAGUUCCAGCGGGCAAGAAGAAGAUCUUCGUCUGGGCCAAUGACCUCAAUCCGCAUGGUUGGGAGGUGAUGGAGGAUGCCAUCAAGAGAAACAAGGUCAAGGACUUUGUUACCGCCUUCAACAUGGACGGCAGGGACUUCAUUCGAAAGUCGGCUCGGGAUCUGCUCGAAUCAGAACCAGUGAAAGUGACGAUCCAGCCCAAGGGACGACGGGAUAAGAAGGGCGAUGGCAAGGAGAGCGUGCCUCCUCCUGCGCCGCAGGUCUACGUGCGCCCAUCGACGGUGGACCAUUACGUGAUGAAUCUUCCCGCGACGGCCAUCGAAUUCCUCGACGCAUUCAUCGGGCUGUACGCCGGCAAGGAGUCGCUUUUCGAACCGCACACCGACAGAAAACUCCCGAUGAUCCACGUGUACUGUUUCUCGGGGCAUUCCGACGAAGAGCGGGAUGACCACAUCGACAUCUGCAAGCGGAUCUCCGAACGGAUCGGCUACACAAUCACGCCGGACGACACGGUGGGUGGAUCGGGGAAUCCAGCCCUGGAGCUGGAGAUCCACAACGUCAGACUGCUAGAGACCUCAAUUCGAGCAGAUACAGUCGUAGCACCUGAAUCUGCCGGCAGAACUCCCAACGGCGGUCACCUGACCUGGCCUGACCAGCAGGCACCAGCCCAGCUAUCUGAAGAUGAACAACGUGCAACUACCAGCCGCCACCCACCGCAAGCGCGUCGUCCCCCAGUCAGACCUCGAAGCGACCUCGUCGCUGAAGCUAGGCGAGGACCAGAACACGCACACGCUGUCGCUGUCAGAAGCGCGGCUCGUCAUCAACAAGGUGCUGGAGAACAAGCGGCGGGGCGGGAAGAAAUACGAGGAGUCGGAACGCUCGACUACCUGGAGGUGUUUUCCCGGUUCAAGGACGAAGAGAACAUCAAGGCGGUGGAGCGCCUGCUCAACUCGCAUACCGAGUUGGAGAUGUUUGAGCGGUCGCAGCUAGGCAGCUUGUGCUGCGACAACGCCGAGGAGGCCAAAUCCCUGAUCCCUAGCUUGCAGAACAAAAUCUCGGACGCGGACCUGCAGGAGCUGCUGGACGAGUUGACCAAGUUGCGGAAUUUUGGCGAGUAG